AUGCACACAGUCACUGCACAGCCUCCUCACAGUUACUGCACAGCCUCUUCACAGUUACUCCACCAAAGCCUCACAGUCACUCCACCAAAGCCUCACAGACACUUAGCUAAAGCCACACAGUCACUCCACAACCUCCUUACAGUUACUACACAGUCUACUCACAGUUACUCCACAGUCUCCUCACAGUCACUCCACAGUCUUCUCACAGUUAAUCCACAGUCUUCUCACAGUCACUCCAUAGUCUCCUCACAGUCACUCCACAGUCUUCUCACAGUUACUCCACAAAGCCUAACAGUUACUCCACAGUCUCCUCACAGUUACUCCACAUCCUCCUCACAUUACUCCACAGUCUCUUCAAAUGUACUGCACAACCUCCUCACAGUUACUCCACAGUCUCUUCACAAUUACUGCAUAACCUCCUCACAGUUACUCCACGGUCUCCUCACAGUUACUCCACAGUCUCCUCACAGUUACUCCAUAACCUCCUCACAAUUACUGCAUAACCUCAUCACAGUUACUUCACAGUCUCCUCGCAGUUACUCCACAGUCUCCUCACAGUUACUCCACAGUCUCUUCAUAGUUACUGCGCAACCUCCUCACCGUUACUCCACAGUCUCUUCACAGUUACUGCAUAACCUCAUCACAGUUACUGCACAACCUCCUCAAAGUUACUGCACAACCUUCUCACAGUUACUGCAUAACCUCCUCACAGUUACUGCACAACCUCCUCACAGUUACUGCAUAACCUCCUCACAGUUACUGCACAAUCUCCUUACAUUUACUCCACAGUCCCUUCAAAGUUACUGCACAACCUCCUCACAGUUACUGCACAGUCUCUUCACAGUUACUGCACAACCUCCUCACAGUUACUCCACAGUCUCUUCACAUUUACUGCAUAACCACCUAACAGUUACUCCAAAGUCUCUUCACAGUUACUUCAUAACCUCCUUACAGUUACUCCACGGUCUCCUCACAGUUACUCCACAGUCUCCUCACAGUUACUCCAUAACCUCCUCACAAUUCCUGCAUAACCUCAUCACAGUUUCAUCACAGUCUCCUCGCAGUUACUCCACAGUCUCCUCACAGUUACUCCACAGUCUCUUCAUAGUUACUGCACAACCUCCUCACAGUUACUCCACAGUCUCUUCACAGUUACUGCACAACCUCAUCACAUUACUGCACAUCCUCCUCACAGUUACUGCACAUAGUCCACACAGUCAAACCACCAAAGCCACACAGUUACUGCACAGCCGCCUUACAGUCACUCCACCAAAGCCUCACAGACACUCAACUAAAGCCACACAGUUACUGCAUAACCUCAUCACAGUUACUCCACAGUCUCUUCAUAGUUACUCCACAACCUCAUCACAGUUACUGCACAACCUCAUCACAGUUACUGCACAACCUCCUCAGAGUUACUGCACAACCUCCGCACAGUUACUCCACAGUCUCUUCACAGUUACUGCACAUCCUCCUCACAGAUACUGCACAUCCUCCUCACAGUUACUGCACAUCCUCCAUACAGUUACUGCACAUAAUCCACACAGUCACACCACCAAAGCCACACAGUUACUGCACAACCGCCUUACAGUCACUCCACCAAAGCCUCACAGACACUCAACUAAAGCCACACAGUUACUCCACAACCUCCUCACAGUUACUACACCGUCUCCUCACAAUUACUCCACAGUCUCCUCACAGUUACUCCAAAGCCUACACACAUCUUUCACAGUUACUCCACAGUCUUAUCACAGUCACUCCACAGUCUCCUCACAGUUACUGCACAACCUCCUUACAGUUUCUCCACAGUCUCCUCACAUUAACUGCACAACCUCCUCACAGUCAUUCCACAGCCUCCUCACAGUCACUCCACAGUCUCCUCACAGUUACUGCACAACCUCGUCACAGUUUCUCCACAGUCUCCUCACAGUUACUGCACAACCUCCUCAUACUUACCGCAUAAAUGCCUCACUGUUAUUCAACAGUCUCCUCACAGUUACUGCACAACCCUUCAAAGUUACUGCACAACCGCCUCACUAUUACUCCACAGUCUCUUCCCAUUACUCCACAGUCUCUUCACAGUUACUGCACAACCUCCUCACAGUCACUCCACAACCUCCUCACAGUUACUGCAUAACAUCCUCACAGUUACUGCACAACCUCCUCACAGAUUCUCCACAGUCUCCUCGCAGUUACCGCACAACCUCCUCACAGUUACUGCAUAAACGCGUCACUGUUAUUCAACAGUCUCCUCACAGUUACUGCACAACCUCUUCAAAGUUACUGCACAAUCGCCUCACUAUUACUCCAAAGUUUCUUCCCAUCUCCUCACAGUUACUCCACAGUAUCUUCAUAGUUACUCCACAGUCUCUUCACAGAUACUCCAUAGUCUCCUCACAGUUAUUCCACAGUCUCUUCAUAGUUACUCCACAGUCUCCUCACAGUUACUCCACAGACUCUCCACAGUUACUGCACAACCUCAUCACAAUACUGCACAUCCUCCUCACAGAUACUGCACAUCCUCCUCACAGUUACUGCACAUCCUCCAUACAGUUACUGCACAUAGUCCACACAGUCACACCACCAAAGCCACACAGUUACUGCACAGCCGCCUUACAGUCACCCCACCAAAGCCUCACAGACACUCAACUAAAGCCACACAGUUACUCCACAACCUCCUCACAGUUAAUACAAAGUCUCCUCACAGUUUACACAGAGUCUCCUCACAUCUCUUCACAGUUUAUGCUCAACCUCCUGACAGUUACUCCACAGUCUCUUCACAGUUACUCAACAUCCUCCUCAGAGUUAUUCCACAAUCUUCUCACAGUAACUGCACAACCUCUUCACAAUUUCUCCACAUCCUCCACACAGUUAUUCCACAAUCUUCUCACAGUUACUGCACAACCUCUUCACAAUUACUCCACAACCUCCUCACAGUUACUGCAUAAUCUCCUCACAGUUAUUCCACAGUCUCUUCAAAGUUACUCCACAGCCUCCUCACAGUUACUGCAUUAUCUCCUCACAGUUACUCCACAGUCUCAUCACAGUUACUUCACCACCUCCUCACAGUUACUGCAUAAUCUCCUCACAUUUAUUCCACAGUCUCUUCACAGUUACUCCACAACCUCCUCACAGUUACUGCACAAUCUCCUCACAGUUAUUCCACAAUCUCCUCACAGUUAUUCCACGAUCACCUUACAGUCAUUCCACAAUCUCCUCACAGUCACUCCACAAUCUCCUUACAGUUAUUCCACAAUCUCCUCACAGUUAUACCGCAAUCACCUUACAGUUAUUUCACAAUUUCCUCACAGUUACUCCACAAUCUCCUUACAGUUAUUCCACAAUCUCCUUACAGUUUCACCACAAUCUCCUCACAGUAAUUCCACAAUCUCCUCACAGUUACUCCACAGUCUCUUUACAGUUACUGCACAACCUUCUCACUAUUACUCCACAGUCUCCUCACAGUUACUGCACAACCUCCUCACAGUUACUGCAUAA